AUGACGAUGCAGCCGGUGGUCGGGACGGUGGUGCUCAAGAUCGGCUCCACGGGGCUCCACUGCGAAGGCUGCAUGAACCGCAUCCGCAGCAAGCUCUUCAAGAUCAGAGGCGUGGAGCAGGUGAAGAUGGACAUGGCCAAGAACCAGGUGACGGUGACGGGGACCAUGGACGCCAAGGCCCUGCCGGAGAAGCUCCGCAAGAAGCUGCGGCGCCCCGUGGACGUGGUGCCGGCCAAGGACGGCAAGCAGCAGGACGGCGGCGGCGGCAAGGACAAGGACGUCAAGGAGAAGGACGGCGGCAAGGACGCGGCGACCAAGAAGCUGACGGCGGAGCUGGAGGCGUGGAAGGCCGCCUUCUACGACCAGCAGUCCCUGACCAACGUCGAGUUCAUGCUCAGCGACGAGAACCCCAACGCCUGCGCCGUCAUGUGA